AUGACCCUGCCACGCUACGAGCUGGCCUGGAGUCGCAGGAUUUCUCCAACGGAAUGUAUAAUAGUGACUGUGGGAGAGUCUCAGAGCCGACCCCCAAAGCACGAGGCAGACAUAAAGGGACGCCAGAGCCAACGACCCCAGGAGGAACCACAAGCACUGGGCCCCAUGGGGAGACCCAGGAGAACCCCACCAGCGACCACACGUAGCAGCCCCACAGUGGCUCGCAGUGACGAGCACGCAGGCCCCCGCCGGCACCCGCUGCGCAAGGGCAAGCACGGGUAUAGGCACAGAGGGCCCGGCCCUCAGGGCGCCCCCCCGCAAGCCAAGAGCCGACAGGGCCAAAGGACCCAAGCCCUGACAGGCAGCCACCAGGCCGAGACAGCGCACACCCGAGCACCCAGCCCCAGACCCCGAGCCAUCCGUGCGCUGGCGGGCAAUGCACCCCCACCAGAGGGCGGUAUGGGAUGGGGGCGACAAAUGAACCAGGUCCAGGGCAUGCCCCCGCCCCCCACAGAGGGCGGCCCACACCCGAACCCAGGAGCCACCACCAAUGGCCAGGGUACACCCCCAGCCGACACCCACCGGAACCCGGCGACCACCCCGGCCAGCGGGCCGACCAGAAUAACCAGGAGCCACAUCCCCGGAGUCCACGCAGCUCCAGAGAAGCCAGAGUGCAAGCCCGACCCCCCGGGCCCCCCCAAGCUCCCAGUCCACCAUCAGUCUAGGCCCCCACCCGGCGGCAUGCCCCCACCAGGGCCCCACCCCCAGAUGCAGCUAGCCUGUUCCCCAGAACCCUGCAUGAAUGAAGUUGUAAUUGAAGAGGGUGGGGUAUGUGGUGAGAGACAGGGAGAAAAACUACUGGGGGAGCAAAAAUGCUCCCACAGGAAGCCAGCUCCCCCGCUGACUCCAGUAGGCCCCCCGCUUGCCAUGAUCCAUCCAGGGACUGAGGCCCACGCGGCUGUUCGUCCAGACACACCGCCAGGCCCGGGGGCCAAGACCAAGGCUGGACAGAGCCCAGAGGACCACCAGAGCCCGAACCCACAGUCCACCCACUCCAGAGUUGCCCAGACCCCCUGGGACCGACCCCCAGCCCCACAGCCAGCCCGCCACCUAAAGAGGCCACGAACCCCAACAGGCGAUCCGGCCGAGGGGCCCACCCAACCGUCGACAGUGCAAGGAGGCACCCAGACAAGCCCCGCCACAGCAGAAGGGCCAGCCAACCAGACCAGCACAGCCCCUGGUCGGCACCAAUGGCCAUCCACCCAAUCCCCACACCAGAACAAAUUCUACACUCGCCCCAACAUUCAGAUAUCUCUCAGAACAUAUAACACACUAGACACCCAGACUAGGCCCAGCAGCAGCCCACCGGGGCCCACGCCCCCCGCCCCCAUGGUCCCCGGCCCAGGGGGGCACAACCCCAGAGCCUCAGGCACCCUGCGCCCACCCCACGCCACCCCCAGCACAGUCAAGCUACCGGACAGCAGCCCGCGACUGCCGCCACAGACCACCUGA